GCAGCGUCGCGGGCGUUCCCUGCCCCCCCCCCCCCGGGGGCGCCCCGAGCGGGCGGAAGCAGAGGGGGCGCCGCGAGGCGGCAGAAGCGGCCAUGGGCGCGCGCGUCCGGGCGCUGCUGCUGGCGCAGCUGUUGGUGCGAGCGGGGCUCCGGGGACAGGACGUUCAGGAUCUGGACCAGCUGUUUCCAGGUUUCGAGAACUCGUCGUUGCUCACGUGGCCCUGCGGCCGCCGAACCGUUUCGACGACGCGCGUGGUGGGCGGCAAGGACUCGGAGCUGGGGCGCUGGCCGUGGCAGGGCAGUCUGCGCUUGUGGGGCGCCCACCACUGCGGCGCCAGCCUGCUCAACCGCCGCUGGGUGCUGUCGGCCGCGCACUGCUUUGAAAAGCACACUGAUCCCUUUGAGUGGUCCGUGCAGUUUGGCGAGCUGUCCGCCUCACCGUCCAUCUGGAAUCUGGAGGCCUACUACAACCGAUACCAGGUGGAGAAGAUCAUUUUGAACCCCAUGUAUCUGGGGGCUUCAUCCUCGGACAUCGCCCUGCUGAAGCUGUCCUCCUCCGUCACCUACAAUGAGUACAUCCACCCUGUCUGUGUUGUGGCCUCUUCCUCUGAGUUCCAGAACCAGACUGACUGCUGGGUGACGGGCUGGGGGAACAUCGGAGAAGAUCAAGUGCUGCCAGCCCCCUACCUCCUGCAGGAAGUCCAGGUCGGCAUCAUCAACACCACCAUGUGUAACUACCUGUACACACAGCCCCUGGUCCGCUACGACAUCUGGGGGGACAUGGUAUGCGCUGGCGAUGCCCAAGGAGGCAAGGAUUCCUGCUUCGGUGACUCCGGUGGCCCCUUGGCCUGCGAAAAGAGAGGUCUGUGGAUUCAGGUUGGCAUCGUGAGCUGGGGAUCCGGCUGCGGUAGACCCAACCGGCCCGGGGUCUACACCAACGUCAGUGGGCACUUCGACUGGAUCCGGAUGCUGGUGGCCCGCGGCAGCACUCACAGGCCGGAGCCCUCUCGGCUCCUCCUGCCCCUCGCUGUGCUCUGGGCCGGGCUCCCGCAGGCGGCCUGAGCCCAACGGAGUCCCGAGAGCUGGGGCCAUCUGCUGAGCCAGGCCCCGUCCCCCACCUUGUCCCUUUUCUAAUAAACUCCUUAGCGUGUUGGAA